UCUACACACACACACACACACACACAUACGCAAUACAUAUACACACCGUGUAUAAUUAUCAUUCACCACCAGUCGGAUACGUUUUUCUACGGAAGUCGGAUGUAAACAAGUCGUGAGAUGUUGAAUGAAGUCCUGCCUUCGAUAUGUUUGGCAGUGUUUCUUUUAGUCCUGCAGGUUUGUUUGUCAUACACCUGCAAUUUCCAUCAAUGUUACUGGACACUGGAUAAACCAGACGGCAGUUCGGCCUAUAUGAUAAGCUAUCAGAACGUCACCAAGUCCUCAAAAUCUUACCAACCCAUCAUCAUUAUUCACCGUCUAAAACCUAAUGAAAGUGUCCUCGUUGUAAGUCCGUUGUUUCUUCACUCGUUGGCCAGCUGUAAAUUUUCCUACGGCGGUCUAAUUCAAAACGUUAAUAUCACAUUGGUCAUUGAGAAUGAAUCGAACACGGUUAUCGAAGAAAUGGACCGAGUAUCUCUUACACAUGGAGAGUUCAACAACACAGUGGUAAUCGGUGAGAUGAAAGAUGCAUUCAGAAUCGGAUUUCAAAUUUCUGUGACGAAUAGCACUAGUCCUUAUGCAAUAUUUAAUUUCGUGGCUUUCGACAGCUGCUCCGAUGAGACUCUUUUCUGUCCGCUUUACGAAGUUUCUUGCAACGAUCUCACUUGUAUUUCUCGCGACCAAAAAUGCGACAUUGAACAGAACUGUGAGACUCUAAGAGAAGAUGAAACAGGAUGUGACGAUCUCCCGAGAUGUGCCCUCUGUUCAUUCGAGGAAGACUUCUGCUGCUGGCGAAACUCCCAAUCUAACAAAGAACUGAAGUGGGUCCGCCAUUUAGGAUCUACACCAACUGAAAAAACAGGACCAUUCAGUGAUCACACAAGCGGAUCAGGCUACUAUAUUUACACUCAACUGUACACAGAUUCGCCAUCUUACGCCAUUUUGGAAAGUGUGGUUUUCCCUCCGCCACCGCAGCAGACGAUCAAUAACCAGUCACUUUAUUUAAACACCUGCAAGGUUCGAUUUUUCUACCACUUCCACGGUUACCAUGUGGUUGGACUUAUAUUGAAAAUAGUCAACGUCUGUGACACGAAUCAGAGUAAAGUAACCUUGUGGAGAAAAUCUGAUACCCUUCCAGGUGGUGAAAAUGCUUGGAACAAAGUUGUGGCCGUCAUAAAUGUAACCUACAGCUACUCACUUCAAAUCAACGCCAUCUGUGGAUCGGGGAAGUACUGCAAUAUUGCUAUUGACGACAUUAGCAUGUCUCCAGAAUGUUUUGCUCAAGGUUUGUUAGAAUCAGCUAACGGAAGCGCAACGAAUGCAGCGAAAUACAAGAAAAACGCCACGUUUUACCACAAUUCUUCAACGGUCUGCUAUAGUGAUCGAGGGGAUUCUCCUUUAAUCACAGAACGCAAUGGUUCCACCCGUUUUGUUCGUCACAAUGUGUUCAAUAUUUGGCUGGUGGUCAGUAUACUGAUAAGUCUAACAUCAAUGGUAGCCGUCUAUUUAUUCUGGAAGCGACGCCAGCGCCUCAUAAUGGCCAGCCGUGUGGAACACUUAAAAACAAUGUGCAAGCAGGCACCUAUUAUACCUCUGGCCCGUGAUGGUGAUCGUAUUGGUACGGAGAUCAACCCCACUUAUGACAUCAGCAUGAUGUACCCAGAGAGUGCCAACAUACGUCAAUUACCACGGAGUCACGUGUAUCUGGUCAGGCCCAUUGGUCAGGGUGCGUUUGGAGAAGUGUACCAAGGCUACCUUAGCAAUAUUGUCCGUGGUUACCAGGAGUACCCUGUCGCCGUAAAGACUCUUCCUGCGCUGAGCACAGAACAAGCCGGACAGGAUUUCGUAACGGAAGCAAUUAUAAUGAGUAAAUUCAACCACCCGAACAUCGUCAAGUUUCUUGGAGUAUGUUUCGAGUCUCACCCGAAGUAUAUUGUACUCGAGUUACUAAAUGGUGGCGACUUGCGCAACUUUCUACGUGAAAAUCGACCAAAACCCGAUGCGACCCCUACAAUUAGCACCAGAGACCUGAUGACCUUUACCUUACAUGUUGCAAAAGGAUGUCAACAUUUGGCUAAGAAUAGAUUCAUACAUCGAGACAUCGCAGCUCGGAAUUGUUUGCUGACGUCGAAAGGAGAGAAGAAAAUUGCAAAAAUUGCAGAUUUUGGAAUGGCACGAGACAUUUACAGGUCAGAUUACUAUAAAAAGGACGGACGUGCCCUGCUGCCUGUGAAAUGGAUGCCACCAGAAGCCUUUAUCGAUGGAAUUUUCUCCACCAAAACCGAUGUCUGGUCGUUCGGUGUGCUGUUGUGGGAGAUAUUCUCCCUCGGGUGUUCGCCGUACCCAGGGUUAGGCAACCAAGAUGUCAUACAACAUGUAACGUAUGGAGGUCGAAUGGGAAAGCCACGAAGCUGCCCAGAUGCCAUAUUUGAAGUGAUGUUGUCCUGUUGGAACAGUGACGCCAACGAAAGACCUGACUUCAACACCAUUAUGGAAGUCAUCACCAAAUGUUCACAGGACGAAGAAAUCAUGUCAUCUCAGAUCCCUAGCUGCUUUUGUCCCCUUAUCGCCGAGCCUGUAAUUAUGCCGGUGGCGUUGCCCUAUAGAGGGGCGAAAAAAGUUCGAAUGCCGAAAUCUUUUGUAAGAAGUUCUGACCGCGUGACAAACCUUAAUUCGCAUGCACACCCGCAACCCCACCACAAUCUACCCCAACAUCACCACCAAAACCAUCACCAGCACCAGCAUCACCAGCACCGCCACCACCACCACCACCAACAUCACCAGCAACACAAGAGCAGUAGAACCAAGAACCGGAUACCCGCAAGGAUUUCUCAAACUGCUCCUAAGUUGACGUACGCUUCAAUUGGAUUCUCUGAAGAGGACGAAGAAAAAGACGAAGAACUACCAGAAGAAGAGGAAGUGGAGCGGAAUGAAGAAGUCAAUGAUAAUAAUAAUAAUAAUAAUAAUGAUGACGACGACAGAGGAGUUGAGAGAAAUGAAGGAGAUGCGAGAGAUAAAGAAGACAAAGAUGGAGAAGCCGUAAAAAGGGAAGUAGACAGAGCAAAUGAAAUAGACGAAGAUGAAGAAGAAAUAGAAUUGAAAGACGAAAGAGAAAUAAAGGAGGAUAUGGAGAGCUUUAAGAAAGAAGCAGAUGAAAGAGGAGAGGAAGAAGGUGAUGGCGAGGUAUAUGGAGGAAACGACGAAUCAAUAAGGUUGUUAAACGUUGCUACAGAAAUGUGUGAAAAUAAUGGGACAUUAACGGGAAACGAAUACAGCUAUAAUAUUAAUGGUGGGGACAGCACUACCAAUGAUGAAUCGACAAAACUACUUGAAGAAUUCAAAGACAAUCAAAAAAAUCGAAACAAAAAUAGUGAAACCUCGCCGAACAAUUUUAGACGAUGGCAUAACGACUGGAACCAACGAGAAACGACGGGGAUUGGUCAAGGCGAAAGACUGGCUUUGCUUUCUUCUUCGAGAGACUUCGAGUUUCGUAUUGAAACGGGUGAUUCGGUCAGAAGCGGAACUACUGGUCAGCAACCAGGCAACUGCAAAAAGUGCAGCUGUUCCAAUUAUCUGUUGACCACUCACACAAACAACUUGUUGCCAUCUGUCCACUACCAGAACUGCGACAGUUCCGAUGGCCCCAAGAAACAGAACUUUUCCAUCCUUGAAAGUCUCUCGUGAAAAUUAUAAAACAAUCAAAAAAAUAAAUAAAGACACUAAAAAUGCAAAAUAAAAUAAACAUACAAAUUUUUUUAAAUAUACAAAAUAAUGAACGAGUUCAAUAAAAUAAGAUUUAUGAGAUCGAAAUCAAUUUUGGAGCGCUUUAAAACGAAUAAAGCGAAACGAAACCAGAAUAAGAAUUAUUAACAGCAGAAACAAGAAAACAAACUCUAAGACAAAGCCAGACAGAUUUCUCAAACUAAAUUCUACACCACCGCCAUCAACCCCUCCUGAAACAUAAUGCUACUUAAGCCUCAGCAACACGGGUGUAUGUACCCGGUGGUGCAGCAGAAAUUUUCAAGAAAAUGUUAAAAACAAGAUAAUAAUAAUAAUAAUAAUAAUAAUAAUAAUAAUAAUAAUAAUAAUAUUAACUGUUGCUAGUAUAGGCACAAAGCCUGAAAUUUCAAAGAAGUGGAGUUGGUCGAUUAAACUGGUCCCAGUGCUUCGCUCGCUCUUUGUUUUGUCGACCCAGGAAAGAUGAAAACCAAAGUUUGACCUCGGCGGGUCCUGAACCCAGAAGGUAACAGAGCAAAAGUCAGAGCAAAUAUCACUAAGGCUAAGGUCCCGACGAGCCGGGUUUAUGGUUAAGUUUUGAUUCCUAAUUGUUGUUAUUUCGCGACUACAAAAGUUUGCAAUGUCUCCAUGCGAAUAAGCAUGAAUGACACAACCUCAUCUUCCACUUCUUUAAAUUGGAGGUUUUGCGAAUAUAUUAGAAACAAUCAUUAUUAUUAUCAUUAUUAUUAUUAUUAUUGUUGUUGCUUUCAUCAAUAUCAGUGGUGUUGCUGUUGUUUCCUCUUUCAGUUUUAAGAUCUUUCUUAUAUAAAAGAUUGGUAUAGUCUGUUGCUUGAUUAUUGAUUGCUAACCAAGGCAAAAGGCCUGAGAUUUGGGGUCAGAGGUCAGAGGUCAAAAGAUAACAUCAACGCUGGCAAUUGAUUCACACUUAUUAUAUUGACCUCGAAAAGAUGAAAAACAAAGACAGGAUUUAACUCAGAACGUAAUGACAAGAAACAGUAGACCAACGCAAGUCAUUUUAUUCGACGCACUGACAACACUGUUAAUCACUCGUUCCCUAUAAGUAACAUUAGUAUCAAUGAUAAAGUACCAGACAAGUACUGGAAUCAUUGGUAUCUAUUACUCCUGCAAAUUAUUGCCCUUGUACCCAAAUACUAUUAUCAUUAUUAUUAUUAUUAUUAUUAUUAUAAUUAUUAUUAUUAUUCUUUUUAAUUCAGGUUUUGUUAAAACUCCUGGAACCUUGCAUGCGUAGCGGACUUACUACCUGCCGUAUCAUGCUAUCCGUUCUUUUCAGCUAUUUAAUACUUUCCUGGUUAUUCUGGCCGUGCCAAGGAGGAGGCAAACCUUUUGUAACAGUUCUACUGGGCACUCUAUUCCAAUUUCUUUUAUAUUCUUCUCGAUGCCUUCGGAUACUGUUCCCAAGGACCCAACAAUAAUUGGCGCUAUCUUCACUUUCUUCAUUUUCCAUAGCUGGGAUAUUUCGUACUUAUGAGGGUUAUCAUCUAUCUUUUCGUCUUCCUUCUUGACUAUUCGCGGGUCAAAAGACCAUGCAACAUCAGCUAUAAAUCAUAUGUGGUGCUAACCCUUGCCCACCACCACUCGGUCCGGUCUGUUAUGCUCUAACACCUGAUCUGCUUGGAUUGGGAAAUAUAUAUAUAUAUAUAUAUAUAUAUAUAUAUAUAUAUCUUUGUUGAUAACCUAUUUAAUUAAGUUAUCGACAAAAAUAUAUGCUGAUACACGUCCAACAACUGUAGAGAUGUCUUAUCAAAAUGACUGCCAGAAACCGGAAUAUGUAUUUUGAAUGACCUAAAACUGUAAUAUUAAUUGUACAUUGACCUCUUGCAUACUUAAAAAGACGCUGCUUAAACGAAGACUUUUGGCUCAAAUCCAGUAUGGUAUCCAAUACAUGGUUUGAAUGAAAAUAUCUAUCAACUAUCAGAGAUCCAACCGAUUGAAUGGAAACGUAUAAUAAACAUUGUAAAUAUAGAUGCGGUGAAAAGUCCAGUGAAUCAUAAACGUACGACAGUAAAACUGUUCAUCCGUGACGGUUUAAUCAUCGCAUAAGCUCCUGUUUUGGUUCUCUGAUUCUAUAAAGACCUGCGUUAACAUCUGCUGUUAGAUUUAUCACUAAAAAUUCGUAUUUUCCCUCCUUGCUACAAUAAAGUUCUAUGUCUUGUUUUUGGUCCCCGCAUGAAGUAUUUGGUUCCUUCGUGCUACUCCGUUGCUUAACUUUUGCACAAUUGUUAAUUGUUAAGGAAGCUGGGAUGUAUCGGGUUUAUUUUGGCAAAAUUUUGUUUAUAAAGGCAUCAGUGAAAACCUACACUUUGGCAAACUCAAACGGUUAUUUUUACGAUUGUGUGAGCAUUUAUCAUAAUGCUUGAAUCAGGGGAGACCUUGAGGCUAAAAUUCAGCAGCGAUUGCUUCAGUCCCCUUUUUUUUUCUUUUUAUUUUUUUUUUAUCUAAUUUCAAUCAUUAAUUGAUCAUGAAAAUUCUUUUUUUUUUUCAACAUGACGGCGGAGAAAUCGAACAGUUUGUCCUUAAAAAGAAACUCGAUUUAUAAAAAAAAAACAUUCAUUAUAAUAAAAAUAAUAACAAAAACAAGGGAUACCAUCUUUCUUUGUCUGAACUCUGAGGUGUAGGCCAUGUUUGGCAGUUUGACAGAAUUUUGUAAGAUAUGCAGAUUUCAUAUUUAUGGUUUCUUCCGGAGGUGGUGGCGUUGGUGGCAAUAACAACAUUGAUAAUUAUGGUGAUGGUGGGUUGAUCACAUCGAUGAUGAUUAUGAUGAUGAUGAUGAAACGAGAGCAAACCUGCUCCAUUAACUGCUUCUCUUGCAAUUAUUAAUUCGGUCAAUUAAGACUAAUUCUGUGAUUCAAGAUCAAAACAAUAAUACGCAAUAAAAUUUCAAAGAAUGACUACAAAAAAGAAAAAAAUACUCACUGAAGCUCAUUGGGAAGUCAGUGUGUAAAACACUGGUCCGAGGAUCGAAUCUCUGUUUCAGACAUAUUUUUCACAAUUAAAAUUUGUCAUCUUGUCAUAGAAUAUUUUA